ACGUAUCGCAGGUUGUUAUUCCUGUCUGUCUGUCUGAUUGAUUCCUUAAGACUUGAUUUGACAAUAAGUGGACGUAGUUUGUGUGAUUCCUUAAGACUUGAUUUGACAAUAAGUGGACGUAGUUCAUGUUUCUCAGAAUGCACGCUCCGCCCAGGCCACGUUAUCGUAGGAGGUAAUGUUUGUCUUUGGGUGUUACUCGGGGGAGGGUGCAUGCGUAGGUAGUCUUGGCUUAUGCCGAUCAGGGCGAGAAUAUGUCUGUGCACUGAAGGGCAGAGGUGGCUGAGGUCGAUAAAUCAGUGCGUGCUGCUUCUUAUCUUGUUUGCUCUUAGGCAUCUUUUUCUCUUGUUUGGUGCGCUUAGGCAUCACUCUGUCUGGUUGGAAUGGGUGAGAAAACCGAAGAAGUGAUGAGAUUCUCCGGUGUGUCAGCUGGGUCCCAAGUGCGGUCCCAGGGGAGCGAGAGAGAGUUGUCUGGAACAGAAGCGGGAGUUUCUGGCCGAGACAAUGGCCAUGGAGAGGCUACGAGGGUCAAGAAAGUAUUCUUCUUGCAGCACCCCUUCGUGGGCCACCUCAUCUCCAUUGCGAGAGGGUUCGCACUUGGAUCGCGAAAUGAAGCGGAGGGGGGUUCAAGGGUAUCCGCAGCCACGAGUGGUUUGAGUCGUCGCAGUCCACGCCAUGAUGGCCGGGUGUCGCCGGCAGACGGCGAUCAAGGGGGGGGAGGCAUGUCUCCUGGUAUUUCUUUGAAAUCACGUCUAGGAUCGAAUCUUAAAUCAGCCCGUCGUACCGGUAUAAUUGCUAAGAGUGAAGGAGAAAGGGGGGGAGUGGGUGUGGAAGGAGGACAGGGGGGAGGAGGUGCUCCCAGUCUCUCUCAGUUAGCGGGAAUGGGGGCGUUUCUUGGCCCUUGGGUGCUGUGCAAGCGAGACACGGUUUGGGGAUCGAGUCCGGAGUCGCUCGGUGCGGUUGGUGAUGCUUCUAGAAGUAAGCACAAGGCGGAGGGCCCAUUAUUCUCUUCCUCGGCCGAUGAUGGGGAGGUGGAACAAAAAGCUUUUGCCAAUGCUUUGAUGAGCGGAAGGCAUGCAACUGUCCUAGUCUUCUACUCGGCUAAAUGCCGGAUUUGCCGGUCUCUCUCCGCGCCUGUGGCUGAAGUGCGGAAAGAAAACGACAAAUGGUUGUCUGUCGUAUCUGCUAAUGUAGACAAUAAGAGUUGGCUGCCGGAGGUACACCAUUAUGCCAUCCGCUAUGUUCCAUGCUUCGUACUUCUGGAUUCUAGAGGUUUCGCCAUAGCCAAGACAGGGAUACCGUACAGCAGAGACUAUGUGUUGAGGGGACUCUACAACCUUCUCAGUCUGUCAGUCCGAAUGUGGAAUACGCCGCGAGGUGAUUCCUCUUCAUCAGCAACAUCAUCACCUUCGUCGUCAUCAUCAUCUUGAUUGUUUAGUGUAUAGAUGUUUAGGAUUAUAGAUUGAGCAAAGGGGUGAGUGUGUCAUGGGUUCUUUUUAACCCCUUCAUUUUUAUCAGGAUAGUAGACUGUAAUUGAAGUUGAUUGAGGCUGUGCACCCACUGAAACUCGUGCUGGAGUCUGUUGAUGACCAGUGAGCGAGUGACCUGAUUGUCGUCAUGCAUGUAAUGCAACAGAGGUGGGAAUUUUGCAUUGUGGGUCCAUCUAUGGGAAAAUCGUUGCAGGACUGGGUGGGUAUGGUCUUUUCAACUCUUUUGCCACGUGAUUUUGAUCUUGAUGAGAGACUUGCGUGUAAUUUCUCAUGUGAUUUGCAAGUCAUUUGGACAUUCCAUUCCGUUUAAUACUGCGGCAAAUCCUUGUACCUCUCCUGUCAUUGCAAUGGCAUCAUGUCUGUUUCCGCAUGAUGUGCACCUUUUCUAUUUGCACAGUUGGGGGGGUAGUAGUGAGAGGUGCAUGCAUGGCUCCCUGCUUCAAGCUCCCACUGGCCCGGAUCCUUCGUCGCCGACCAUAGAUCUCCUCCAUGAUUUCACGGCGAGUAACAACGAAUUUGGACAGGUGGGACGGACCUCGAGUGGGAAUGUAUGUAGUUAUCUGGUCUUCGACUCUCUGCACUAGUUGGGACUUUUUCCCCCCUCUUGGACAAGUAAGGUUUUCCUUUCUCCUCCCCCCCCCCCGUCCUCCUCUCUUGGAGCAAGUAAAUGUUUUUUUCUUUUUUUCUUUUUAAACACCCCCGCCGGUGUUAGUGAUGCUGAUAAGAGCAGCCACCACUAGCACCUGGGGAGAGGCUCCAUCUAUUGGUGGGGAGCAUCACCUGCUGGAAAACGGGUCCAGCGUCCCAUAUACCGAUUGAACUUAGAGUACAGAGCAAGUAAAUGUAACGUAAUAAGAGAACAAAACGUUUUACCAACA